AUGUCAAAUGCAUUGGCUGAUCGGGCUACAAGCGAUAUGCUCAUUGGGCCCGAUUGGGCCCUGAACCUGGAAAUCUGCGACAUUCUUAAUCAUGAUCCAGGGCAAGCCAGAGAGUUUGUGAAAGGUCUUAAAAAGCGUAUCAGAAGUAAGAAUCCAAAAGUACAGCUACUGGCUCUUACGUUGUUGGAGACGGUAGUAAAAAAUUGUGGCGACAUGGUUCAGAUGCAUAUCGCAGACAAAGAUAUCCCACAUGAAAUGGUGAAGAUUGUGAAAAAGAAGCCUGAUUUUCAUGUCAAGGAGAAAAUAUUAGUGCUAAUAUACGCUUGGCAAAAGGCUUUUGGGGGCUCGCAAGGAAGAUAUCCACAAUUUUUCAUGGCGUAUCAUGAUUUAUUGCGUGCUGGAGUAGUAUUUCCUAAACGACCUAUGAUGUCCACACCCAUAUUUACUCCUACACAGAACAGACCAUCAGUUUUGUAUCCCCAUCGUAUGAGAAACUAUGAAAAUAAAACAGAAAAACUAGAAAUCGGUAGCGAUUCUCAAACUCAUGUUCUUAGUCUUGCAGAUAUUCAAAAUGCUCAUGUUAUCAUGAAUGUACUUGCAGAAAUGCUAAAUGCUUUGGAACCAAGAAAAAAAGAGGAUUUAAAGCAGGAGGUGAUGGUUGACCUUGUUGGACAGUGUCGUCUAUAUAGGCAAAGGGUGGUACAUCUUGUUAAUUCUACCUCGGACGAGGAGUUACUUUGCAAAGGGCUUGCUUUAAAUGAUGACCUUCAAAAUGUUCUAUCCAAAUAUGAUGCUAUUUUUAUAGAAGUUUUAAAUAAACCAGAGAAGCAGAAAUCUCUCCAAGCUUUGGUGGAUAUUGAUGAUGAAAGUCAGGAAGAUGAUAGUGAAUCAGAUCAAAGCAGCCCUCGCACAAAUGGGCUAGGCCGUUCUUUUGAGAAGAUUGGAUACAACCACUUUGGCAGCAGGAUUUGCCACUUCAGUAGGUGA